AUGCCUCGGUUCUUGAACACUUGGACGGGCGGGUUCGAGUGGCACCCCGAUGCGAGUAAGGUCACCUACGCCAUCCUAUCCCACGUUUGGCGCGACUCUGGGGAGGGCGGAGAGCAAUCAUACGACGACGUCCUAAAGAUCCAGGCGGCUGUGAGGAGAGACAUAUUCACACUGUUUCGAGCCUCUAAAGCCUCCCUCACCGAGCACCGCGAACUUGGCACGAUCUUCGCUCACCCGGAGCUCUCAGACAAGAUCAAGGGCUUUUGCAAGGUCGCGCGCGAGGCCGGUUUCCGACUCGUAUGGAACGACGCGUGCUGCAUCGACAAGACGAGCAGCGCCGAGCUCUCCGAGGCGAUCAACUCGAUGUACGAGUGGUACAGGCUCUCGGACAUGUGCUAUGUCUACCUCGCGGACGUCUCCGAAGGCGUACCCCAGGAAAUUCGUCGGGCGUUUCGGUUCAGCAGAUGGCACAAACGCGGCUGGACGCUUCAAGAGCUCAUCGCUCCGGAGCACAUUGUCUUCCUGACGGAGACCUGGAACGUUCUCGGCACGAAGUGGACUCUCGCAAGGACUCUGGAGAGGAUCACUGGAGUAGACUUUGACAUCCUCACAGGACGGUCUACGCUGAACUCGGUCAGCGUCGCGCGUAGGAUGUCAUGGGCUGCUGAGCGAGAGACGACGCGCGUCGAGGACCGUGCGUACUCCCUGCUUGGUAUCUUUGGCCUUCACAUGUCGCCAAUCUACGGCGAGGGCGAGAACGCAUUUCUCCGUCUCCAGGAGGAAAUCAUCAGGACCAUCCCCGAUCAAAGCAUCUUUGCGUGGGGA